UUCAGGUAUUAUAAUAUCUAUCACCUUCCCUUUUUACUUCUCUCUUUAUCUCUCUAUCUCUCUCUCUGAUUUACUGAACAGCAUUUCUGCCAUGAAGCCAGUGUUGCCAAGAAGUAGAACUCUUCCCAGCAGAAUCCACCAUGGAGCUGUGGAAGAGAGGCAUGACAUCAGGCACUAUCUGCAAGUGGAAGUCCAACCCAAAGUUAGUGAGUCCAAAGCCAUAAACCCUCAGUCCAACUAUUCCACAUGCUUUGACGAUGAUGGUCGCUUGAAGAGAACAGGAACAUUUUGGACUUCAGCAUCACAUAUAAUAACAGCGGUUAUAGGAUCUGGAGUCCUUUCCUUAGCAUGGGCAAUAGCACAGCUUGGUUGGGUUGCAGGACCAACUGUCCUCCUGCUCUUUGCCUUUGUCAAUCUCUAUACCUCCAAUCUCCUAGCAAUGUGUUACCGGACCGGCAACCCCAUCACCGGACAGAGAAACUAUACCUACAUGGAUGCUGUCAAGGCCAACUUAGGAGGAAGGAAGGUCAUGAUGUGUGGGUUGGUGCAGUACUUGAAUUUAUUUGGUGUAGCAAUUGGGUACACAAUUGCAUCAUCUGUCAGCAUGAUGGCAAUAAAGAGAUCAAAUUGUUACCAUAGAAGUGGAGGGAGAGAUCCAUGCCACAUGUCAAGCAAUGGGUAUAUGAUAACAUUUGGUAUCAUAGAGGUGAUAUUUUCUCAAAUCCCAGAUUUUAAUCAAGUGUGGUGGCUCUCAAUAGUAGCAGCAAUUAUGUCAUUUACUUAUUCUUCUGUUGGCCUUGGACUUGGCAUUGACAAAGUUGCAGGAAAUGGGAGCUUUAAAGGGAGCCUAUUGGGUAUUAGCAUAGGGACCGUAACCAAGAGUGGAACAGUGACUUCUACACAAAAGAUAUGGAGAAGUAUGCAAGCUCUUGGAGCUAUUGCCUUUGCUUACUCUUAUUCUUUGGUCCUCAUUGAAAUUCAGGAUACAAUAAGAUCUCCACCCGUAGAACAUAAGACAAUGAAGAAGGCAACUGUAUUCAGCAUAGCUAUCACCACAGUGUUCUAUCUACUUUGUGGAUGCUUUGGGUAUGCAGCCUUUGGUGACUUGGCCCCAGGAAACCUCUUGACUGGCUUUGGAUUUUACAACCCCUACUGGCUACUAGACAUUGCCAAUGUUGCAAUUGUUGUCCACCUUGUUGGUGCAUUUCAGGUCUUUUGUCAACCAUUAUUUGCAUUUGUAGAAAAAUGGAGCGCAAAGAGGUGGCCAAACAGCGACUUUGUGACAGCAGAGUAUGAGAUACCGAUCCCCUUCUACGGCGUCUACCAACUCAACCUCUUCCGCUUGGUAUGGAGGACAAUAUUCGUCAUAAUAACAACCCUCAUAUCCAUGCUCCUGCCCUUCUUCAACGACGUCGUUGGAAUACUUGGAGCCUUUGGAUUUUGGCCACUCACAGUUUACUUCCCAGUCGAGAUGUACAUUGCUCAGGAGAAGAUUCGGAAGUGGAGCAGCAAAUGGGUUGGACUUCAGAUGCUCAGUGUAAGUUGUCUUUUCGUCUCCAUAGCUGCUGCUGUUGGCUCUGUGGCUGGUGUGGUUCUUGAUCUCCAGACUUAUAAGCCCUUUAAAACUAGUUACUGACGACUGAAGAGAAUCAUGAACUGAUGGUCUGCAUAUUAGGAAUUUGAUGAUAAAAAGUAAAUGUUUUUGUGAUUGCUAGAUAUCUAUGAGUUCCCAUAAGGAAUAAGAUGUUCUCUUUUAUUGUGUAUGUAAAUCUUAUUUAUGCCCAUGAAUGCAUGCCCAGAAGUUUGGCUGCACGAGAAGAAAGAACUUGUAAUUCACCAUAACAUUGCUACGUGGUGUUACGAAACUCAGAAAUGCGAAACUAAGUGAUCAAUGGGCUUACAGUUAGAGCAUCAAAA